AUGACAAUAAAAAAAAUUUGCGGAAUCGGUGCAGGGUAUGUAGGAGGACCAACUUGUAGUGUAAUAGCAAUGAUGUGCCCGGAUAUCCGGGUGACAGUUGUCGAUAAGAGUAAAGAAAAGAUAGCACAGUGGAACUCGGAGAAACUGCCAAUCUAUGAGCCAGGUUUGGAUGUAGUCGUAGAAAAAUGCCGUGGGAAGAAUUUAUUCUUCUCGACUGACAUCGAGGCUGCCAUUAAAGAGGCAGAUUUAAUUUUUAUAUCUGUCAACACACCGACCAAGACAUUUGGAAUAGGUAAAGGUCGUGCUGCAGAUUUGAAGUACGUGGAAAAUACAGCUCGCAUGAUAGCUGAUGUGGCUACUAGCGAUAAAAUUGUCGUAGAAAAGAGUACCGUGCCUGUAAGAGCCGCCGAAAGUAUCAUGCAUAUUUUACGAGCCAAUCAUAAGCCAGGUGUUUCUUAUCAGAUACUUUCAAACCCGGAGUUUUUAGCCGAAGGAACAGCAAUUGAUAAUUUAAUGAAUCCAGAUCGAGUAUUGAUUGGUGGAGAAGACUCUCCACAAGGACGUGAAGCUGUUGAAAAAUUGUGUAAAAUUUAUGAAAACUGGAUCAAGCGUGAUAAAAUAUUCACGACAAACACAUGGAGUUCAGAGCUUUCAAAAUUAGCAGCCAAUGCAUUUUUAGCUCAGAGAAUUUCGAGUAUCAACUCGUUAUCGGCUGUUUGUGAAGCUACUGGAGCGGACGUAACUGAAGUCGCUAGGGCUGUUGGUUUGGACUCAAGAAUCGGACCAAAGUUUCUUCAAGCUUCGGUGGGUUUCGGGGGCUCUUGCUUUCAAAAAGAUCUCCUUAAUCUGGUUUAUAUAUGCGAGUGUUUAAACUUGCCGGAGGUUGCGGCCUACUGGCAACAAGUAAUUGACAUGAACGAGUACCAGAAGUCUAGAUUCUCGACUAAAGUUAUCGAAAGUCUUUUUAAUACCGUCACGGAUAAGAGAAUCACGAUGCUAGGAUUCGCUUUUAAAAAAAAUACUGGCGAUACUCGAGAAAGUCCAGCUAUUUCUGUUGCUAAAAAUCUCCUUGAUGAAGGCGCUGUUCUUCAUAUUUAUGAUCCUAAGGUUGAAGAAUCUCAGAUUAUUGACAAUUUAUCAGCUUUUGACGUUGAUAACAUUAAAAAUCGUGUCAAUAUUUACCACGACGCUUACAGCGCAACUAAAAACACUCACGCUAUUGUUUUGUGCACUGAAUGGGAUGAAUUUAUUGAAUUGGAUUACGAGCGGAUUUAUUCAGAAAUGACUAAACCGGCUUACAUUUUCGACGGCCGAAAAAUCCUAGAUCACGAAAAAUUACGAAAGAUCGGCUUUAUUGUACAGACCAUUGGCAAGCGCGUAUCCCGAAUUACGGUUUCAAGGACUUGGGGCAGCCCAACACAGAUGUAA